AUCAGAUCCAAACACCCCCUAAUAAUCGGUCCCCGUCGCUCUCUCUUUCUCACGCUGAAGAGUGAAGAUCACGAUGACUUCUGCUGCUGCUCCGUCCUCUUCCGCCAGAGCCUUGAGAAUCGGUAUAGUUGGAUUCGGCACCUUCGGACAGUUCCUAUCAAAAACCAUGAUCAAACAAGGCCAUUUAUUAAGCGCCACUUCGAGAUCAGAUUCUUCCCAAGUUUGCAGAGAACUUGGCGUUCCAUUUUACAGGGAUAUGGGAACGUUUCUUGAACUAGACAAUGAAGUGGUAUUGAUAUGCACUUCAAUUCUGUCUCUAUCAGAAGUAAUCAAGUCAAUGCCACUCAAUUCUCUGCAACGGCCCACUCUCUUUGUGGAUGUCCUCUCAGUCAAAGAAUACCCCAGAGACGUUCUUCUGCGGGCGCUUCCUGCAGAGUCAGACUUGCUAUGUACACACCCAAUGUUUGGACCACAGAGUGGGAAAUAUGGUUGGAAAGAUCUGCCCUUUAUGUACGAUAGAGUCCGUAUAAGAGAUGAAGCGCUAUGUUCCAGUUUCUUACAUAUCUUUUCUAGUGAGGGUUGCAGAAUGCUGCAAAUGGGCUGUGAAGAGCACGACAAAUUGGCUGCUCGCACCCAAUUUAUAACUCACACUAUUGGGAGGAUCCUAUCAGAAAUGGAUGUUGAGACAACACCCCUGGACACUAAGGGAUUCGAGAAGCUUGUUGAAGUGAAGGAGAGCACUGUUAAAAACAGUUUUGAUCUGUUUAGCGGGCUAUUCAUUCAUAAUAGGUUUGCAAGGUUGCAGAUGCAGAGUUUAGAGGAAGCUCUUGAGAAGACUAAACAGAAGCUGCAAGAGAGACUGGUGGAGCACACAAGGUCACAAGGUACUGAAAGUUGAUUGUUCUCUGUUGUAUAACUGAAAUAACACCACAAAGAGAUCAGGAGACUAUGUAUUUACGUAUUAUCUCAUUAUUAUCUCAUAGGUUGUGAAAACUGAAAACAAUGACAAUGCAUAAAAUGCUGUGUAUAUAUGCUUUUACGAAUGAUACCAUAGUGCUAAAUCCAUUUUGUACAGCAUUGAUCUAUAAUUCCUAUAAACAUACUUUUACAUUUGAG